AUGAAGUCAUUUGUCAAACUUGCUGUCGUUGCCACCUUGAUGAUGGUUUUGUUGUUGUCAGCACAUUCAUCUGUUCUCGCCCAACAACAAGAAGAAACACCACAACCAAGUGUAUUUUUAGGAAAUUUACUCACUGAUCUAAAGUCAUUGAAUUUGAUCAAGUCCACUUCCGUUAAAAGAAGACAAUUCGAUAAGAAGGAAAUGAAUGAAUCCAUCACUAAUCUCGCUAGAAUGGUUCGUUAUUUACUCAUCUUGAAGGGACAAGGAAGAACUGAAGAAGUCACCAACUGGGUUGAUUCUUUAAAGAUGUCAAAGAAAUUCUCUCGUUCCGUUCGUUUUGUUAGAAAAUUAAUGAGAAAAUUCGCUAAAGAACAACAAGCUAAUGGACCAAAGUUUGUCCUCCCAGUCAAGGGUGUUGUUCAAACUGUUAUGAAGAAGGCUUUGGAAGAAAUGAAGACUUUAUUGGAACAAUCUGCAUCUGCUGCUAAACAAGAAGCUGUUGCUAUGACUACUACUAUUGCUACCCCAGCUCAACAACAACAACAACAAACUGUUGCUGCUACUACUGUUGUUCCAAAGCAAGCUACUCUUCCAGUCAACCCAGCUCAACAAGCUUGGUCUGCUGUUGAAAAGAUGGCUCACAAGAUGGUCAAGGUCACCAAGGUUACUGCUCCAACAACAACAACAACCAUCUGAUGAUGAAGAAGCCAAUCCAGAAGAAGCUCACCUCGUUUGGGAAGCUGUUGAACAGAUUGCUCACAAGAUGGCUGAAGUUGCUGGAGAACAAGAAGUUGCUGAACCAGCUGCUGAUGUUGCUCAAGGAUAAAUAAACCUAUUCACACAACUCAACUCUGACAA